AUGGAUGAUUUUAAAAUGGCUUUGGAUGAUUGCAGGCUCAAUAAUCUCAGGUAUAUUGAUAGAUGGUUUACCUGGGAGCGAGGAAGGUUUUUAUCAACAAACAUAAGGGAGAGGCUGGAUCGGGGGGUUGCAACAUUGAAUUGGGUAAAUCUUUGUCUUAGAUACCAAUUAGAACACUUGAAUCAUUCUUUCUCAGAUCACUGUCCCAUCCUUUUGGAUACCAUGGGAAAGCAAAGGGAUUUUUCGUGUCAUAAAGAAAAGUCUUUUCGGUUUAAGGCCAAAUGGUGUUCAGAAGAUUCUUUUAAGGAGGAGAUAAGAAGAAAUUGGAAUGAUAUUUCAGGAAGUGUCCCGAAUAAGCUUGGAAGAUUGGGUCAGCAACUUCAGAGGUGGAAUAAAUACAGAGCUAGAGAAAAUAAGAAAAAUCGUGUGAAUUUUGAAGAGAGAAUAAACUGCCUUUAUAUUCUGGAUCCGACAGAUGAGAUUUUGGCUGAAAUCACAUAUAUUCAGUUGGGCCUGAAUUUAAAGGCUGAUCAGGAAGAAAUUUUUUGGGAACAACGUGCCCGUGUCAAUUGGCUGAAAAAUGGUGACAAAAAUACCAGUUAUUUUCAUAAAGUAGUGAUUCAACGUCAGCUUCGUGAUCAAAUCAAAGAGUUGAAGGGGAGAAUGGUGAAAGAAUUUCCACAAAUGAAGAGAUGUUCAAGAUUGCUUCGGAUUUCUUUGGUAAGCUGUUUUCGACUUCGGAUUUGGGUUCAGAUGAACAUGUUUUUGGAUUAG